AGUUGUACAAAUGUAGUUGCUAUAAUUUAGUUGUACAAAUGUAGUUGGUUGGUUAGCAAAUUUCUAGUGUUAUAAAAGCAUAGUUUAGCAUAAAACUUUGGUGAUUUUUACUUUCAUUUAUCGUUUUGUUAGUUACUUUUGGCGAUUAGUGUAACAUUUUUCCAUGGUCAAUGUAUCUACCAAGUUCACUCCUUCAUCUUACCCUCUUAUCACCUCCCAUUUCCUCAAAACUUGUAUGCUUUAGUGCUCACAACCAUGAUUCCCAAUCUCCUUUGCCAAGACUUGUUAGUCAAGGCUGUAAGCUGGUAGGAUGUGGUUCAGCUGUGCCAACUCUUGAGAUUACUAAUGACGAGCUUGCAAAAAUAGUUGAUACUUCUGAUGAAUGGAUAAAUGUUCGCACCGGGAUUCGUAAACGCCGAGUUCUUUCAGGUGGAGAAAACUUGACCACUUUAUCAGUAGAGGCAGCAAGGAAAGCUCUUGAGAUGGCAAAAGUUGAUCCAGGUGAUGUUGACCUAAUCUUGGUGUGUUCAUCUACUUCGGACGAUCUUUUCGGCACUGGUCCUCAGAUUUCAAAACAGCUCGGCUGCAAAAAAAAUCCAGCAGCUUAUAACAUUACAGCUGCAUGUAGUGGAUUUAUCUUGGGUUUAAUAUCAGCUGCUAGUCACAUUAGGGGAGCAGGAUUUCAAAAUGUUCUUGUAAUUGGAACUGAUGCUGUUUCGAGAUAUGUCGAUUGGACCGACAGAAGUUCAUGUAUUCUGUUUGGAGAUGCUGCUGGUGCUGUUCUAGUACAGGCUUGCAACUGCAAGGAAGAUAGUUUAUUUAGUUUUGAUUUGAAUAGUGAUGGUGAUGGAUAUGUGCAUCUGAAUGCAGCAUAUAAAGAAGAAGGGACUAAUAAUGCACCAGACUCAAUUAAGGGUGAGUUGGACUUUCCUCCUAAGAAGUGUUCAUAUUCAUGCAUACAUAUGAAUGGCAAAGUAGUGUUUAAAUUUGCUAUACAGAAUGUGCCAAAGUCAAUUGAGUCAGCACUUCAAAAGGCUGGUCUAUCUGCAUCCAGCAUUGAUUGGUUACUUCUCCAUCAGGCAAACCAAAGAAUUAUUGGUGUAGUGGCAAACAAAUUAGAAUUCCCUCCAGAAAAAGUGAUAUCAAAUGUGGCUGAUUAUGGUAAUACAAGUGCAGCUUCCAUUCCAUUGGCUUUAGAUGAAUCAGUUAGAAGUGGAAAGAUUAAGGAAGGACAAAUUAUUGCUGCUAGUGGCUUUGGUGCUGGUCUUACUUGGGGAUCAGCUAUUUUUCAAUGGGGAUAAAAGUAUUUGAUAUUGACAAUAUCCUUAUGUUUUCUAGUGAUAUACUGCAUGAUUUUUAUUUUUACUUUUCUAGAAUAAUUAAGAUUUUUUUUUUUUUUUACUGGAUUAUAGAAUAAUUGAUGGGUGAUUUCUUUUUUGGUUUCUA